AUGAAAAACACGGCAAGUCAAAAGGAGGGAAUGAGUCGCGAGGAGGAGUUGACCUAUCGGCAGCUAGCGUCAGCGUUUAUUCAAGAAAUGAUCGAUGGACUCAAUAAUGUGAAGGAUCCCAAAAUGAGAAUCACCCACACCGGCAUCUGCGUCGCGCACACCCAUAUGCAUCGCUUCUACUACUGGCACAGUUUUAGAAAAUAUGAUUAUCGGGAUGUCGGAGCGGCGUGCGUAUUUUUGGCUGGAAAAUCGCACGAAUGCCCUCGAAAACUGUCGCAUGUCGUUGGAGUCUGGCGAGACCGAAAGGACAGAAAACAGUUGGCAACCGAGAAUGCGCGCAACGAGGCGGCUCAAAUCAUCGUGCUCCUCGAGAGUAUGAUUCUUCAAACCAUCGCAUUCGACUUGAACAUCCAUCUACCCCACAUGUACGUGUUGAAAAUCAUGGAAAAGGUGGAAAAAGCGAGCAACACGAGCAAUGAGUUCUGA